AACUGGUUCUAUUACACCAUGUAUUCGUUUUAUAGUGCUUUCUUUGUUAUCUUGUGAAUUUUUAUUGUUUUUAUUUAUUUAUUUUUUAGCUUUUACCUUGUUUAUUCUUCUUGAGAAAUUGAUAUUUUAUGUUGGGCACGAGUCCCUGAAAAAUCCUUUUACGCCCCUGAAUCCGAUCACGUUCAGUUCCGGCUCUUCGCCACACGGGGUCACUGUUGGACCGUUUUCUUCAUUCUGCACAGAUGUUGGAUUUUGACAGCUGUUAUGAGGAUUAGUUGGAUUCAUGCAUAACUUUUUUUUUUUUAAGUUUUUUAAAUUGUAUUUUUUUAAGAAAAAUGUAACGUAAAUGUUUGUACAGCUAUGAUGUAGGAAGAAGGACGGGGCUUUCCAUCGUGUGUGUGUGGUUUCGGUUUCGCUUCGUGGGGUGUCUUAGCCGGGUGAGGAGUCGUCAGGCUGCCGGUCAGGAGGAAGACAAAUACAACUUUUUAACUCCUUCCGGAGAAACAAAAGUAUUUCUUCCAAACGUUUUGCUGCAAAUUUACAUUUUCAAUACGACAAAAGACCUGCGUGAUGCCUAAAAUGAGCCCCUUCGUCCCUCUGCUCUGCGUCUGCCUGGACGUCUGCACGGUGCACGCCCUCCGCCUGGCCCAUUUCUCCCUUCUGCUGCGCACCCAUCCCUUCUUCACCCUGUGGGCGGGGGCCCUGAUCAGGGCCUCCAUCCUGGUCUUUCUCGCCUUCACCUUCCCCGGGUGCCCCCCAUGGACGAGGAGCUCCCGGGGCCUCCAGAGCAUAGGGGUCCUUUGCUUCCACUUCCCGGUCUACGUGGCUCUUAUGUGGCUGCUGGGGGGCUCCGUGGUGGAAGAACUGUGGGGGUGGCACAGCUGGGAGAGGGUAUUCCAGGGGUACGCGGUGACGGCGGUGGCGCUGCUCUACUUCAUCAAAGCCUCGUCCGCGUGGUCAAAGGCACCGCCCAAGACGUCUGGACCGGACACCAGAGCCUCUCUGAAUCGCCUGAUGGGAUACAUGCGGCCUUACCUGGCCCGCUUUGUUUUCGUCCUGGCUAUGGUAAUCCUGUCGUCCUACGGGGAGAUGGCCAUCCCAAAGUACACCGGCCGGAUGACGGACUGGAUCAUUGAUGACGAGUCCCCGGAGGCGUUCUCCCAGGCCAUCACCAUCAUGACACUGAUGACCAUCGGCAGUGCCGUUUUUGAGUUUGUGUGCGACCUUGUGUACAACAUCACCAUGAGCCUCAUCCACACCUCCGUGCAGGCGGCCGUCUUCCAGGCCGUGCUCAGGCAGGAGAUCGCUUUCUUUGACGCCACUCCCACCGGUGUUCUAGUUUCUCGCAUCACUACGGAUACCAACGACAUGAGCGAGGCUCUGAGCGAAGAGCUGAGCCUCCUGAUGUGGUACACAGGACGCUUCGCCUUCCUGCUCUUCUUCAUGGUCAGCCAGUCCUGGAAAAUGACCCUGCUCACCUGCAUGGGCCUCCCCAUCAUCUGGGUCAUCCCAGAGCUCACCGGACACUUCCACCAGAUCACCGCUAAGAAGGUUCAGGAGUCGCUGGCCAAGGCCAACCAGGUUGCCACGGAGACCUUCUCCUGCAUGAAGACCGUCAGGAGCUUUGCCAACGAGGAUGGCGAGACAGAGAAGUACAGGAAGAGGCUGGAGGAAACGUAUUCUCUGAACAAACAAGAGGCUGCAGCGUACGCUGCCACAACCUGGGCUAACAGCAUAACAACUCUGGCCCUGAAGGUGUGCAUCCUGUACUACGGCGGGACGCUGGUGACCAGGGGGGCGGUCAGCAGUGGAGAUCUGGUUUCCUUCGUUCUGUACGAGCUGCAGUUCACCUCUGCUGUCGAGUCUGUCAUGCGGUACUACCCAGAGGUGAAGAAGGCCAUCGGUGCCUCUGAGAAGAUCUUUGAAUAUUUGGACCGCAAACCUCAGAAGCCUCCUUCAGGCACACUGGAACCCAAGGUCCUGAAAGGACACGUUCAGUUCAAAAACGUGUCGUUUUCCUAUUCUGGAAAGAGCGAUGAGAGCGGUCUUGUUCUGAAGGAUGUUUCUCUGGAAAUAAAACCCGGUCAGAUCACCGCGCUCGUAGGACUGAACCGGUCCGGGAAGACCACCUGUGUCAAACUGCUGGAGAGGUUCUACCAGCCGCAGUCAGGAGAGAUCCUUCUGGACGGGAACGCUCUGCACAGCUACAAAGACGAGUUCCUGCAUGAAAAGAUCGCCGUUGUGAGUCAGGACUGCGUCCUGUUUGCUCGCUCCGUUCGGGAGAACAUCAAGUACGGCUACGAACAGGCCACAGAUGAGGAGAUGUUCACGGCAGCCAAGCAGGCCAGCGCCCACCAGUUCAUCGAGAAGCUGACGAAAGGAUACGACACAGAUGCUGGUGAAAGAGGGGGGCAGGUAUCUGGAGGACAGAAGCAGCGCAUCGCCAUCGCGCGGGCUUUGAUCAGGAAACCAAAGAUUCUGAUUCUGGACAACGCCACCAGUGACCUGGAUGUGGAGAACGAGCACCAGGUCCGCCAGACCCUGAUAAGCCUGAAGAAGAACUGCUCGGUGCUGAUGAUUUCCAACAAGAUGAGCGUGGCGAAGGAAGCAGACCACAUCAUUGUUCUGGACAGCGGGGAGGUGAAGGAGGACGGCAGCCACCAGGAGCUCAUGGAGAGAGGCGGUCUUUACGCCGCACUGGUGGAAAAGCAGGAACAAGGCAUUUCCCGUCAAGAAGAAGAGAACGCCGAGGAAGAGCUAACCGCUUAAAUGACACUAAGCUGACUGGUUACAAAACCAGGAAAUUAAGCCGGAGUUUUUCUAACAUCCUGCUUUUUAAAGAGGCCGAAGCAUCGAGGAGAACCCCAAAGAACGGCACUGGGACCAGACAUUCUGUUUUUGAUCAUGGAAUUAAAAAUAAAUAUAAUUUAUUUGAGUUUUUCCUGAUUUCAGGCAGAUUUUUAUCUAGAUCUUCAAGAAGAGAAGCAGAGGAGUCCUUCACAGAUGAAUGUAGUGUUUGUUGUCCUCGUUUGUUCAUCUUUCGUACACCUGCAGACGUUCAACCUCUUCUUUACAAACGGUUUAUUUGAUUUGGAUAAAAGAAUGAGUUUAAAAUUCUGGUUUCACUUUCAACAACAGUCUUAAAGACACACCUCAAAUUUGGGAAGAAGAGGGUGAAAGUGAAAGUCUCUGAUACAACUUCACAUUAAGGAAUACGUCCUUGUAAAAAAAAAGAAAUUUAGUUAUUGAAUUGAAACAAAUUAUUUCUGAAUAAGUCUGGUUAUUUAGAGCUGUUGCAAUUUCCAUGUUUUUUCUAUCCAUUCAUAAACAUUUAUUUUGGCACAGUUUUCCGUGUACUUUUGAUUGUUCUUUUACAAUGUUGUCGGGCAAGGAAAGUCCUUUGAAAAUAUGAAUGGGAUUUUUGAUCAUCAGAUUUAACGUGUAAAGCUUUCAGGGCAGCUCUGUUCUUUGCUUAUUCAAAGGUUUGUGGUUAUUAAACUGUUUUUAUGCA